AUGCAUAAUAAACCAGCAUUAAAACAAAUAUAUGAACAGAUUAAACUUGACUUGCCGUGGAUAGAAACACAAUCAAUUACAACUUCUAAGCCGGUGAAUAUCAAUGAUGUUGAUAAUGAUCUUGAGCAAGGAGCAAUUGAAGGACGAGAGAAAGUUAUAGCAUCAGGAGUACCAUUUACAAGGCCGGAUGAUUAUUUUGCAGAAAUGAUAAAAUCAAAAAAUUAA